AUGCCAAUUAAAAUACCAAGAAAUGAUAUGCCAUUGGCAACUAUAAUAGAAGGUAGGUGGUAUUCUGUAGGAAAGAAUGGUAGGCCAACUCUCGAGCUGACCAGAACACAGAGGAGGAGAAUUCAAAGGCAGUACUGCAUCUUUCUCAGGAACAAGGAUAGCACACAAGUGUUUACAAAAGCUAAUUCUAUAGGAAUUGAAGUAAUCCAGAUAGGGAUAUUCGAACAAAACAGACAGUAUGUCAACCAGGAGAAACUGGCGGAAGCAAGUUUCCUAAAAGAAUCCUCUUUGCAACAAGGUUCAUCUUAG